AACAAACAUGUAAAUCAUGUUUGUAUCAUGUGUAUGUUAAUAACAGCGUGUUUAUCAGCGUUGUCGUCGUCUUGCUUUAACUUAGCAGGUUGUUACAUAUUAGCUUUUAGUUAGCAGAGCUGAACAUGAGACUGGUUUCAUCUAGUUUAUGGUUGUUUUCUCUUAAUAAUUUUAGACGCAUUACAUAUUACACAGAUGUUUGACGCUACUUGCAGUGGUGGAAGAAGACACAUGCGGCAACUCAGUCAAGCAUGGCCAGCCAGUGGUCUGAGGGCCACUCCACAUCCGUCUUGUGCGUUGGAGCGUCUCCAGUCCCUGAGGGUCUCCUUGCUUCAGGCUCUGAGGGUGGAGAAGUCACAGUUUGGAAUCAAGAAGGAACCAUCAUAGGCAGAGUGUCUUUCCCAGGUGAAGACUGCACCAGUGUUGUGUUUUCACCUGCAGCUCCAAGCCAGCUGUAUGUGUCACACAGAGAGACUGUGAGCGUUCUCGACCCGAGGAGCCUCAAGGGCCCCGUGGAGGAGUUUCAGGGUGCAGGCGAGGAGGAAAUCAAUGCUUUGGCCCUUAAUGAGACUGGUUCGGCCCUGGCUGUGGCCGAUGACUCUGGGGCCGUGCGGGUACUAAAGCUUCCGGGGGGAACCGUGUGUAGGACUCUUCGCAGACACACUAACAUCUGCUCCUCUGUGGCUUUCCGGCCUCACAGGCCCAAUAACCUGGUCUCUGCUGGGCUGGACAUGCAGGUGAUGCUGUGGGGCCUGCAGAAGACUCGCCCGCUUUGGACAGUGAACCUCCAAGAUAUAACGGAGGAAGAAGAAGCCCAUCAGCAGCGUCCAGGUCAGCUUUUCAACCCUCCGUUGGCUCACUGCGUUUCCAUAUCAAGCUGUGGAAACAUUUUGGGCUGUGCAGCGGAGGACGGGCGGCUUCAUCUCAUGCGGAUUGGCAGUGGUUGUAAACUGGAACAGCAGGGAGCAGUCAAGGCCCACAGUCAGGGAGCAUCACAAGCUCACUUUGUUAGCUUCCUCUCCCACCCGUACUGGCUCGUCACGGGGGGGAACGACGGCCAGAUCGCCCUGUGGGACCUCGCUAAGCACCCGGUGGUCGCUUCAGAGGAAAAGACCAAAAAUAAAGUGUCAGGACCGAAGCGCAGGAAGAACAAAGCAAAAAGGAAAGAACAAUCUGAAGAUAAAGCAAAGACAGCAGAGGAGGAAGAAGCAGAGAAUGAAGCAGCAGCAGCAGGAGGUGCAGAGGAAGCGGUGGAGCAGAAGGCAGGGCCCAAACUGAGCAUCAGUCAUGGAGACAAGGUGAACUGGCUGUGCCCUGCUGUGCUGCAGGGACAGCCCAGUGUGGUGGUAGCAGAUCAGAGCAGCAGUCUGACUGUCUACCCUCUGUCAUAACUGUAGACUCACACACUGUGACGGAGUCCUGUGUUUUAGCAAUACACUGAUUUGACUUCUCUUAUGUUGGAUUUAUGCAUUCAUAGAGGUUAAGGUGGUCUGGUUGUCUCCCAGAUUUCAGUCCUAAAUAAAAAAAAUCUAACAAUUAAGUUUCUAUGUUAGAACUCUAUUAUGGUC